UUGCAAUUCUAUUGGUAAUAAAUGUAUAUGUUGUGUUGGGGGAGGCAGUACUAUAUUGUUUUUUUCCUUCUCCCUCUUCUCUCAUUCCCACAUCUCGUCUCUCUUCUCUAGAUACCCAAUGUUAAUGACCAACCAGACUAUGAGCUGUUUAACAGUCUUCUCCUGGAUGUCAGCCACAGUCACACCUGCCAUCGGCACCAUGGACUUCACCAGGAAAGUGGCAUUCUGUGGCCCCAACCAUAUCCUCCAUGCGUACUGUGAUGCUGUGUCUCUGACUAAACUGGCCUGCUCCAACGUGGUGGAAAUCCAGGGGAGUUCCAUUGGCCUGGCCAUGUUCGUCCUCCUUGCACCCUUCACCUUCAUCAUCUUUUCCUACGUUAAUAUCAUUGUCUCUGUGAUGCGCAUAGCCAACGCACAGGGCAGGCUGAAGACCUUCUCUACCUGUGCUACUCAGGGGUGUAUCAUCCUCAUCUAUUACAUCCCCCGCUUCGUAGUCUACUGUACACCCUACAUACCAAACCUGACCAUGACCCCUGACCUCCGCAUCAGCCUCACCCUCAUCUACAGCCUGUUCCCCCCAAUCGCCAACCCGUUCAUCUACUGCUUCAGGACCAAGGAGAUCAGGACCAUUCUGGUUCACUGGGGACAUGGCUGGAGGAACAACAUGUUGGAUUGGAGUAAACCAAACACCAUCACUGUCAUCAAUAAAUCAAGGGUUAGAUAGGGUUAGGUUUA